AGAGAGAGAGAGAGAGAGUGAGAGCAGACAGCAGACAGGAAAUAGUCUACUACACACACGUUCGUUUAACAUUUUCGGAAACUCAAUGUAAUGUACUCCAAGAACAAAUCGAAAGUGCUGCAGACGCUAGAGGAGUCUGUGCCGCCUCUUAACCAGGAUGAUGCCGUCGAGAUGAUGGCUCAAAUGGUCCGUCAGCCAACGAGUAAUCCCAUCGAGGCUGGACUGCGUCUGGGCAGGAUUGAUAAGGACCAGAGCAUUAUGCAUAUGGAGAGUCAAUUGAAACUACAUGCGGCCAUGGAACAUUUCGAUGCGACGCCGGAACAACUGGACAAUGUGUUUCCAGUCAGUGAUAAGGAACUGACCGAACUCGUUGAGGCAACUGUCUCCCUGAUGGAUGCUGACGAUGACGAUGAAGAUGAUGGUGAAGAGGAUGAUGAAGACGAUGACGAUGAUGAAGAUGAAGAUGAUGAUGAUGAGGAUGAUGAUGACGACGACGAUGAUUAUGAAGAGGAGAAUGAGAAAGUCGCAAAGCCUUUAGCUAAUGAUAAGCUGGAAGCAGACUCUGUUCAACGCUUUAGUGUCAAUCACAAAACAUUCUGAGUACUUGCAUUGAGAGUUUUGAAAUGAAUUCUUUUCUGUUCCAUGGCAAAAGUUGCAAAUUAUUAUUGUUGAAAUUAAAACUAAGCACAGUGAAAA